GCUGCGCCGGGUAAACAUUACUUUCUUGCCUGGAUAUACAUUGAGAUUCGGCGCACGUUGAGCUGAGCUAGCUGAGCUGAGCUGGAAAAUGGAAGGCAUCCGUCAUCGAAAAAGGAGUGGAAAUGAUGAAAAUAAAACUGGAUCAGGUGAUACAGGGAACAGCGAUGUUGGGGAACGCAAGGAGAGUGUCAAGAUUAAGAAGACGAGCAGACCUGAUGAUGAUGAUGCUGCUGGUUCGAAUUCAUACUGGCUGACAAGAAUAGUGUUCUUGAGGAGUCUUUCAUUUGUGUAUUUUGUUGCUUUCCUGGUUGCCCUCCAUCAAAACAGAGCUUUGCUUGGUCAGAAGGGUCUGCUGCCGACAUCACUCUACCUGGACAGAAUACGCACCUAUGUCAAGGCUCCAAGCGGACAAGUCACCCAGGAAGCGAUCAAUUUUUCUCCUACCCUCCUUUGGUUUGUAGACCUGGACCAGGACCUGGACUGGUGGCUCGAUGCUCUAGCCUAUUCUGGUCUGGCCCUGUCUGGUACGGUACUGGUCUUAGGAUGUAGCAACAUGGUGAUCAUGAUAGGCCUGUGGGUGCUCUAUCACUCUCUUGUCAAUAUUGGUCAGAAAUGGUAUUCAUUUGGAUGGGAGUCUCAGCUUCUUGAGACGGGUUUCCUCGCUGUGUUCAUGUGCCCCCUCCUCACUUUGAGUCGUUUCCCUCGUCACACCCCUACACCGUGGGUCACUCUCUGGGGCUACAAGUGGCUUCUCUUCAGGAUCAUGAUAGGAGCUGGACUGAUCAAAAUCAGAGGCGACCAAUGCUGGCGAGACCUAACCUGUAUGAAUUAUCAUUAUGAGACACAACCGGUGCCUAACCCCAUGAGCUAUUACAUGCACCAGAGUCCAGAAUGGUUCCAUAAGUUUGAGACCCUGUCGAAUCACUUCAUAGAGCUUGUCACACCAGUGUUUCUACUCACUCCCUGGAGACCCCUUCGUCUAACAGGGGGUAUACUACAGGUUCUCUUUCAGGUCACUUUGAUAAUUAGUGGAAACCUGAGUUUUCUGAACUGGCUCACGAUACUCCCAGCAAUCAGUUGUUUCGAUGACCGUAGUCUGGCGUGGCUCUUCCCCUCAUGGCUAGGUAACACAAGGGAGAUCGUUGCCAAGAUCCACUCAGAAGAGGAACAGGGCAUUGGGCCUAAAGCAAAUGCUGGUGAUUAUAUCAGAAAGGUUGCCCAUAUUUCCCUGGCUCUUCUCCUUGCCUACCUGAGCAUCCCUGUAGUAAAGAAUCUCUUAUCAUCGAGGCAAGCCAUGAAUACCUCUUUCGACUCUUUCCGUAUUGUCAACACCUAUGGAGCAUUUGGAAGCAUCACCAAGGAAAGAACAGAAGUGAUCUUCCAAGGUACCGGAGACCCCAAUCCCAGUAACCCUGCUGCGGAAUGGCUGGAGUACGAGUUCAAGUGCAAACCAGGAGAUAUCAGACGACGUCCGUGCCUUAUCACUCCUUACCACUACAGACUGGAUUGGCUGCUCUGGUUCGCUGCCUUUCAGAAUUAUCAGGCAAACCCUUGGUUCAUUCAUUUGGCUGGGAAGCUUUUGAUCAAUGAUAACCAAACCCUGGACCUGAUAGCAUACAACCCAUUCCAAGACCAAGAACCACCAAAGUACAUCCGAGUGGAGCAUUACCGCUACAAGUAUACGAAAAUGGGAAGCAAGGACGCCCUCGACGGCAAGUGGUGGAAGAGGAAGCAGACAGGAGCAUACAUGCCACCUGUCUCUAUGGAAUCGCUAGAGAACUAUUUUGUUCAGCAGAGCUGGGAUUUGCCGAAACACAUCAAGAGGAAAAUCAGAGAGGAGAGGAGAGCCAAGGCCAGGAUGAGGAAAGAAUUCACUUAAAUAUAUUGUUUGUUUUUUGUUGUUUGUUUGUUUUCGUUUUUGAUUGUUUGGUUUUUGUUUUUGAUUGUUUCUUUUUUAACUCUUUCUGUGCCAUAUUAAGUGGUUCAAACUAACUGAAUUUAAUUUUGUUUCUUAUAAUGGUGAACAAAGAAGAGAUCGAGCCCGUCUAUCUUCUUCAUGAAUUAUGAUUUUAAGAAAAAUCAUGAAAAAAUCGAUCAAUCUGUUUAUCAAGGUAUCUUCUCCUAGUUCAGAGGUUGAGGGACACCGCUUAUAGUCAUCAAGAGAAAUUUGACAAGUGCUGUGAAGGGUGAACUAUCACUUUUUGCCUGCAAUAUAAUACCUCUAUUUUGCGAUUCCUAGUGGAGUUGUCUUUGAUGAAGUAGCCAUGUAUUAAUACACAUUAAUGUAGAUCUGGGUUUGUGGCAAUACUUUAUUUUAUAUCAUGGGUUGUCUCUACUUUUACAUGAAAUGCCUUGAACUUUAUUAUGUUUUUCAGUUACAUUCAUUUAUUCAACCUUGCUAGUAUCAUCAUGAUACAGAAAUCUUUUUUUUUUUUUUCUUUAUGUGAAAUCUUUCAUUU